AUGGAGUUGGAUUCAGUUCCAAGAACAUCAAUCGCAUCUCAUGUCGAAGAAGAUAAUGACAGCAAUACCCGUAUGAAAUGCAUGGCGGAUUAUGAGGUGAAGCGUGAAAUUGGUGAGGGCUCAUUCAGUGUUGUAUACUGGGCCAUUGAGAAAAGCGAUGCACAUCGAGAUGUAGCCAUUAAAAUGUGUAUCAAAAAGCAAAUUCUGAAAGAGAAAAGGGUGGCCUAUGUGCAUCGGGAAAAGUGCGUUCUUGUUCGAUUAUCUUCUCCUGAACAUCAACAUCCCUUCAUAGUCACUUUGUAUGCUACAUUCCAAGAUCGGGAUCAUCUCUACUUUGUACUUUCUUAUGCUAAACACGGGGAUCUCCUCCAUAUUAUGUUGAAAAAACCAGAAAAGUGUUUUACUCUGGAAGAAUCUCGUUUUUACUCUGCAGAAAUUCUUCACGCACUUCAGCAUAUUCAUUCCCUAAAUUUUGUACACAGAGAUGUAAAGCCGGAAAAUGUGUUGGUUGCUGCCAGUGGUCACGUCAUGAUAUCGGAUUUUGGAAGUGUUAAAGACCUAUCAGAACAGGAUAGCGAAGACAAUACCGUCAAACGGGUUAGGCGAUCUUCCUUUGUCGGCACGGCUCAGUAUGUCAGUCCGGAGGUGCUAGAUGGAGAGUUGGUCUCACCAGCUGCUGAUCUCUGGGCGUUCGGAGUGGUAGUCUAUCAAUUCUUAACAGGCAAACACGCGUUCCAUGAUGAAUCAGAAUACCUGAUCUACAGACGUAUUCAGAAAUUGUUAUAUUCAUAUCCUCCUGAUUUUCCAAAAGCUGCUAAAGAUUUAGUGGAUCGUCUAUUGUUAAUCAAGCCAGAAAGUCGACUCGGUACUGAAAGUAGCGGUGGUGUAGAGGCAAUCCCAAGGUGGGUGUAUCGACCAAAUAACAGAUGGCAUCGAUAUCUACCCAGGCGAAACGAUGCAGUAAAGGAGUUUGACUACGGGAAAGGAGGAUCUCUCUCCGAGUUCAGCGAGGAGUUAGCCAAUCAGGGAAAUGAGGAACCAAAGGCUGGGCCGUCCAAGCUCUGGAUGGCAUGGCUAUAUCGUGAUCUCAGCGGAGAACCACACUGGACAAAAUCAAGAGUAGCAAAGUUGUUUGGUGAUGAUUAUAAGGUGGGACGUAUGGAAAUAUUCCCGAAUACAUCAGCCUACAAUGAGGAAUUAUGGCAUAUCAAACAUCUAAUCGAGCUGAAACCUAUGACAUUUCCAAAUGGAGAGCCCACUGCUGACGAUAUCUAUGGCGUUGAGGUCCAUCCAGAUGGACGGUGUGAAGUAGCAAAAAAGGCCACUCCGGUUACGGAAGAACAGUUUAGAUUGAUGGAUCCUCAAAAACAGUGGUCUUCGAAGGAACUAAACAGGCAAUUGGCUACCAAAUAUCAUGGACUAAAAGAUGUAUUCGAGACCAACGUUUACACAAAUGCAAAUAUUAGUAUUGUUAAAUGA